CUCCUCUCCUCUCCUCCCCUCUAUCUCUCCCUCCCUCUGUGUGUGCACUGAGAGGGGGGGUGUCAUUAAAACAAACAGUAGCAGCAGCAGAGGCAGCGUGGCUGCUCCUGUAAAUGUCCGUACCCUCCGUUCCCAUUCACACACACCUACAGAUACACGCACACAUAACAUAACACUAAAAAUUCACAUCUCCAGUUCUCUGGCUACACCAUUCUUCAGUUAUCCUGUUCUUCGGCAUAUCCUUGGUCCUGAACCCAGUGACAGUGGGGAAAAAAUACAACAUCGCGCAUCUGCUGCAUUUUAUAUUAUUUCUCCCCACUUCUGAAUGACGGGCGGACGGUUUGACUUCGACGAUGGCGGCACAUACUGUGGCGGCUGGGAAGAUGGGAAAGCCCAUGGGCACGGCAUCUGCACCGGCCCCAAGGGCCAGGGGGAGUACGCCGGGUCGUGGUCGCACGGCUUUGAGAUAGUCGGGGUGUACACCUGGCCCAGCGGGAAUGUGUACGAAGGAUACUGGGCGCAGGGCAAAAGGCAUGGAUUAGGUGUAGAAACGAAAGGAAGGUGGUUGUACCGGGGAGAGUGGAGUCACGGGUUUAAGGGUCGCUAUGGUGUCCGGCAAAGCGUCAACACACCGGCCAGGUACGAAGGCACUUGGAGUAAUGGGCUACAGGAUGGGUAUGGCAUUGAGACCUAUGGAGAUGGAGGUACUUACCAGGGACAGUGGACUGGAGGAAUGAGACAUGGGUACGGUGUUCGACAGAGUGUGCCUUAUGGAAUGGCUACAGUUAUUCGUUCACCUCUUCGAACCUCCCUAGCUUCACUUCGCAGCGAGCAGAGCAAUGGCACUGUACUCCAUGACAUCACAGCAGACAGCCCCGCAGGAACUAGAGGUGGCUUUGUGCUCAACUUUCAGAGUGACAGCGAAGGAACGACCAGUAAGAAAAAGGGCCUGUUCAGAAGAGGGUCCCUUCUAGGCAGUUUGAAGCUUAGAAAAUCUGAAUCUAGAACAUCUAUAUCAAGCAAACGCAGCUCGGUACGGAGCGAUGCAACAAUGAGUCGCAUUAGUUCCAGUGAUGCCAACUCUACAAUUAGCUUUGGGGAUGGGGACUUACCUGAUGAUUAUUUCCCGAUGGAAGACCACGUUGAUGCUACAACAACUGAAACAUAUAAUGGAGAGUGGAAGAAUGAUAAGCGGAGUGGGUUUGGCAUUAGUGAGCGCUCAAAUGGAAUGAAGUAUGAGGGAGAGUGGUUGAACAACAAGAGGCAUGGAUAUGGGUGCACAAUGUUUCCAGAUGGUACAAAGGAAGAAGGAAAGUACAAAAACAAUGUUUUAGUGCGUGGAAUUAGGAAGCAACUUAUACCCCUUAAAAAUACGAAAACUAAAGAAAAAGCUGAUAGAGCUGUGGAAGGAGCACAACGGGCAGCGGCUAUUGCUAGAACAAAAGUUGAAAUAGCUGCUUCAAGAACCGCACAUGCAAGGGCUAAGGGAGACGCUGCAGACCAGGCAGCCCAGGCUGCCUGCCAGGAAUCUGAUCUUGCAAGAGCCGUUGCCAGGGAACUUUCUCCAAGCUUCCACCAGCCAGGCCCUGAUUACCUCAAGCAGAGGUUUAAUGACACCAUGGAAAUCAAGGAGGCCCCAGAAGAGAAAAUUAAGGAAAACCCUCCCCCAUCCCCAUCAGACAGUCCUCAUUUUUACAGGAAAGGAACGACCCCCCCUCGAUCUCCCCAAGACAGCCCCAGAACCACCCCGCCUCCAUCUCCCCAAAGCAGCACGAAGAAGAAGCAGAACAGCAGCAGUUCUUGGGGGAAGCUGAGCAAGGAAGACAAGGUCCCAACUACUGAAAACUUAGCAGCCAGCUCCAGCAAGUCAGGGUCAAGAACAUCAGUGAGGCAGGAAGCGCCCCCUAAACCUGUCAAGAAAGUGGAACCAGCUCACAAUCCCACCACCUCUGGAAACGGACAUUUACACUCUCAGUACCAUAGCUAUUUCGUGAAGACAGACUUGAAAAUGCCAGAUGAAGAGCUUGAAGGUGUUGACUACAAUGUAUCCCAUGCGUCUCUAGGUAGACAGUUGCCCCCUCCGAAGCAGAGCAGAGCACCCCCCGCCAAGUCCCUAAAGGCGAAGCAAGUCGCCAAAGAAAGCAAACCCGAGCAAAAACUCAAGAAACAGGAAUCCUCAAAACCAAAGAGCCUAUCAGAAACCAAGAAAGCCAGCAUCGAGGUCACAAGUGAAAUUAUAGAGGUUGAAUCAGGUCCUAACUCAAUUUUGGUUGCCCUUGUUAUGCUGUUGAAUGUUGGUUUAGCAAUUCUUUUCAUCCAUUUCCUGACUUGAUGGAGCAAUAGCUCAGUGAAGUCAUGAAAACUAGAGGCGUUAGCCCCUAAUUCUCUGCAGUUGUGUCAUCGGCCUUUUAAAAAAUGGCACCACUCAUACUCUCAGACAGGCAAAGGAGGAUUGGAAUUAGUGAAGCACAGGAGAAAGAUGAGAUGUGGCGCUUUCAGUCAAGAGCUGAUGAGUUCCCUGGCGAUGAUAUGUGGCUCUUUUGGGUUCUCUGAAAGCUGAAGCAAGCAGCCAUGUUGGGGGGAAAAAAAAUCUGCUGACCCAGCCUAACCACUGAAGUGCAUGGCUACUCCAUCUGUUCUGACAGAGUGUGACUUAACUGGAAAUGUACGGAGAUGCACUUUUAGUUGAUGGAAGUGAACAGCUGCCUUACUAUUUUACCAUCUGACGUUUUAGUAGGGAGAUGGGAAAAUGGCUGCCAGAGGAAUGUGCUCAGAGGACUUUGCUGCAGUGGGAGUGAUUUUCCAGUGUUCACUCUUAUCUCACUGGAAGAAAUAUACAUGUUUAACAGCAUCACUCACCAGUCUUAUUCCAUUACCUCUGCUGCUUCUUCUGACAUCUCCUGUGUUUGUUGUAGGAUAUUCAAUUUUACACGCAAGUGCAUGACACUGUUCAUUACUUUUUGUUUUGUUUUUCUCUAUCAUAAAAAUGUAACCCUUUUGUUUGAUGUAUAACCAAUUGAUACCACUCAGCCAAGAGUUGCUUUUCAUUUGCUGUUGGCAACAGAAUGAUCUUUUUUUUUUUUUUUAAUUCUCUAAUAAAACUUUAAUAAAAAGGUGCAUUAACAAGUUUACAGACAUCUUUACACAACAUUAUGGACAUUUGACAAACAAAGGGUUUAUUGUUUCUUGAUAAUUUUGACUAUUAUUCGAAAGUUUGUUUGUGGCAUUUGUUCAUCACACUACAUAGAAGAGCAUAAUCUAAGUGAAAUCUGAGCAUAAAGGGAUAACUUGUUUGGUUUGCUUGUUUGACUGUAAACAUUUGUUGUAGCUAGUUGGAACACUAUAUGACUGAAUUUAAUAACCUAAUACAAUUAUAAGUAGUAAUCUAUAAUAAAAAAAAAAAACUUUACUUAUGACAUGAUAUUGUAAAAUAAACAUUGACUAUGUGCAUGGGAUAUUGUUAACUACUGACAAUCAUUUCUACAUCCACUACUGCUUUACCUUUUCAGUGGAUAGAUGAAUUAGUGUACCCGGUUACUGAUAUACCAGCAGUUUCAUAUCUGUGCUUGUUUGCAUGUUUGUGUGAAUGGAAAAUUCAACAAGCUGUAUUAAAUUAACAUCAUGGAAAUUUGUGUUGAAUACAUUCAGGUAGAGCAAUGAAAUAUGUUGGAAAGAAUGUUAGGAUUGAUGCCUUUAAAGUCUUUAACAGUUUUAAUGUUUACCUCAGCAAAAACAAAAAACUAAAAAAAAGAACUCAAAAGGGUUGCAGUGUUUGUCUUAAUACUGUAGUUUUUAAAAAGUCUCAUGACUGUAAGAGUUUUAAAUGUGCCAUUUCAUUGUAACUGUUGUAUUCUCUGUUGCUGGUAUAGCAUGUUGAUUUUAUUUUAUUUCUUUUGAAACAAAAUGUAUCUUGUGUGAUCACUGAUGUAGCGAAUAGUGUGUGUGUGUAUCUAUCUAUCUAUCUAUCUAUCUAUCUAUCUAUCUAUCUAUCUAUCUAUCUAUCUAUCUAUCUAUCUAUCUAGAUAGAUACUGUAUAUAGAUACAUAAUUAGUUUAAAGUAUUAUUUAAAAAGCAAAGGGCUCUGAAAAAAAAUAUGGUUUAAUAUUUAUUGCAAUGAAAAUAUGACUAAAUUGUAGUGCAACCGAUUUGUAAAGACUUGCAUAGUUUGCAUGAUAUAUAUUAAAAUAACGUUUUUCAUAAGUGCACUACUGUAUUGCAAAAACAAGAGGCUGGGGUCAUCGGUAUAAUAAAUCAGGUUGUGUUAUAGCAGUAACACCGCAGUGUUUUUUGCAGAAGUAUGUUGAGUAUCCUAUGUGUGACCUGUGUGGAAUGAAGAAGAGGGCAGAAACACAGCAAAUGAAAAAGAAAGUGGCAACUUACAUGUUUUAACAUUAACUAUGCUUCAGAUGUAGAAAUCAGCCAAACUCUUAAACUGUAAUAAGUGCAAAUGUAACAGAGUGCUAUUUUUAACGGAGGUGUCAAAUUGUUUAUCCCUUUUCACAACACAGAGCUAUUUGUUUUCUUAAAAAGAAAGAGCUUUUAUAGUCUGUAGUGGUUAAGGGUUUAAAAAAAGACAACCAAUGGAAUGUUUUUAAAAACUAAAAUAAGCAUGUUGCUAUCAUUUAUAUAUAUAUAGAUUAUAUACUAUUUGUAAGCAUUUUUACAGAGCACAAUCCAGAAUCUGUUGGUAUUUUUCUAAAAUGUGCACAGCUGUAUUUUAACAUUUUAAAUAAAUUGUUUGUAAUUGGUUUAUGUAAUAUAUACUACAUUUUGGACAGCGUAUUGCUGCCGAUAAGUUUACUAAAAUUCUGCAUGUUUGAAUAAUAAUAUUACCAAUAAUUAAAAAGUUUACUGCUGUUAAUGAGCUCAGCUGUAUGAGUUCUUCCCCUCAAACCCAAACUUAUUUUUUCUGUAUGGUUUUCAGAGCUGUAUUUCCACAAAUAAAAAUAGUUCAUA